GUACAAGCUGGACCAUCUGCUGCACGAGCUGUAACUGGUCAUGCACAAGAAUUCAGCUCACAGCCUUCCUACUCAAGAAUUAAGGGUUUAAAAGAGGAUGAGGAGAGAGAGCAACUUGCAAAGGAGGUCGCUAAGGAUUGGAGCACUGUUUUUGAGCGAAGUAUAAACACCCUUUUCCUCACUGAAAUGGUUCGAGGUCUGAGUCUGACACUGAAAUAUUUUUUCGAGAGGAAAGUUACAAUAAAUUACCCCUUUGAGAAAGGCCCUCUAAGUCCUAGGUUCCGUGGGGAACAUGCAUUACGGCGUUAUCCAACUGGUGAGGAGCGCUGCAUUGCUUGCAAGCUAUGUGAAGCGAUAUGCCCAGCACAAGCAAUCACGAUUGAAGCAGAAGAGCGAGAAGAUGGCAGUCGUCGAACUACAAGGUAUGACAUUGAUAUGACCAAGUGCAUCUAUUGCGGGUUCUGCCAGGAGGCAUGCCCUGUAGAUGCCAUUGUUGAGGGUCCAAACUUCGAAUUUGCCACAGAAACCCAUGAGGAGUUGCUGUAUGACAAGGAGAAACUGCUCGAAAAUGGCGACAGAUGGGAGACCGAGAUCGCAGAGAACCUCAGAUCUGAAAGCCUGUAUCGUUAAUCUUUUAUCCAUCAGUAUUGAGGAUUGAGCUACAUUUGCUUUGUUUUGUCUAGCCCAAGACCCAAUCUCCAAAUAAGGCAACCCUGCUUACAGUGCAUAUUUCUUUGUUCUUGUUCAAGGUUCAUGUGCCUGAUACAUUUUCUGUAACAAAAUUAUCUAUUUCCUUUCUAUUUCUAGAAACAAAGACAUAGGUUUUCCAAUUCCUGUUGUUGUUGUUGGCAAUUCUUGUGAUUUAAGCGAUCGUUAAUGUUUUCCGUUCUCUAA